GCCCGCGAUAGUUCAGACGGAGCGGCAGGAAAUGUGGGUUGCCAUAAUCGGGCUGCAAACAGGACAAACCGGAUGAAAUCAUGGCUAGGCCGUUUCUAGGGUCGAACGGGUUAGAACUUUACGAAGUCUCGGCUUGUCUUGUCUGUCUCUUCCACCUCGAGCCUUCAGUCCCUUUGGGUUUUCUUUGUUUAGGGAUGCUGCGGUCCCUUUGUCGUCUAGCUGUUAACUAGGUGCUCCGCCAUGUGACGGAAUAAUGCCCGGAAAUCUAGGACGCAGGCUUUACGCCAACCUCUGGGAAGCGGCGAGCCCGGUCUUUGGCCAACGUCUUCGAACGAGUCAUAACCCUUCGACUUUUAAUACUGGAGCCUUUAACGACACUUUCCAUGCUUUCUUCACGAAAAAUGGGCCCAAGAAGCUUCCUCCUCGAGCGCAGAUCACCCGGAGAUUUGCGUCCGGUGGCUUCCUGGUUAUUGGAGCCUCACCAAGCUCGGGGACAGCUGUAGAGACAGGAGCAACAUGUGUGAUGGCACCGGAGAAGAUCAUGUGUCAUGGUGGUACUCGCUAUUUCGAUGGAAAGAUCUCCGGUAAUCUAUCGCGGAAUAUUUGGAGGCGAAGUUUACAUACGUCAAAAAGCCAACCCUCAAGUACAGAGGCGGCGAAGUCUCAAACUAGCCCAGUGAACGAGCAGGCAAAUAGAGAAAACCAGAAACGGAUUGGGGAACAAAUUCAGUCUCGAGAGUCGAAGACGUCCGAUUCCAUCGAGCAGCAUAUACCUCCUACUCCGCUGAACAAGAAUCUCAGAGACCGUCUGCCACACCUUCCACAGCUUCAUCGGCCAACGAAAGAGGAAUUACUGGCCGCGGCAACCGGAUUCUGGUCGCGGCUCAAAGUACGGUUUAAAUGGUUCUCAAUUAGAAGUGUUAGACCUUUUAAUUUCGAUGAGAUUGCUGCACUCUUCUCGUGGGUCCUGCUGGGGCACAUUAUCUGGGUUGUCGUCGGUACAACGACUUUCUUCUCUCUAGUCAUUCUCGCUAUAAACACCGUUCUUGCACAAGAAACACUUGCCGGAUGGAUCGGUAACUACCUGACCAAAUCUUCCGGUGUGAAAGUCGUAUUCGAGUCCGCUAUUGUACCCAAGUGGAGGGAUGGUGUGAUCACGUUCAAGAACGUCUUUGUAUCGAGACGACCAGGACAAGGAGCCGGCAAUGUCAGUAAAGGAUCACCGAAGACCGCGGCCGCAGCCGCCGCAGCUGCUGCCAUGAGUGAGCGAACACACAACGAUGGAUCAGGUUCACAAGAUACAGUGAGCGCUGAAGAAGAUGAUGGAAAUUAUACGCAAUUCGACCUUUCGAUUGAUACAGUCAAUGUGACAUUGUCAUUCACCAAGUGGUUCAAUGGGAAAGGCCUCUUGCGCGACGUCGAAGUAAAAGGUAUCCGAGGUGUUGUUGACCGCACCCACGUUCAUUGGUCUGAUGACGAUCUGGACCCGAAAUCUUAUCGGCACGAGCAUAACCCCGGAGACUUUGAGAUCGACUCGUUCAAAAUGGAAGACCUCCUGGUGACCGUCCACCAGCCCAACAACUUCCGGCCCUUCUCGGUCAGCAUAUACUCAUGCGAUCUGCCCCAGUUACGGAAGCAGUGGCUGUUCUACGACUUCAUGUCGUGUAAUAUGAUGUCUGGAUCGUUUGAUAAUUCUCUAUUUACGAUCCACCCUCGUCAGACCCACAGCUACACCGGUGCUCAGCUGAACGAUGGUAUCGAAGAGAACGGGAAGCCAAAUCCAUGGAAAAAGCAUAGCCGCAUUCGGGUCGACGCCUUGAACAUUGACCACUUAAACCGUGGGGUCCAAGGUCCCUUCUCCUGGAUCCACGAGGGAACAGUCGAUAUCGUCGCUGAUAUCAUGUUUCCGGCAGACAACAACGAAAGCCUUGCAAAGGUCAUGUCUGAUUUCUACGAGCGUCUAGAAGCAACGGUCACGUCGAACCAGUACCAGCCUUUCCCGGACGAACACCGAGAUGGCAUUCAAGCGAGGGACACGGAGAAUGAAGAUGACCGACGAUUCUUAGUGGCGGAUCUGCGGAUCCAUCUGAACAACGUUCGAGCUGUGGUUCCUUUGUUCACUCGCGAUCUGUCUUACAUCAACAAUGCUCUCAUCCGCCCCAUUGUAGCAUAUAUAAAUUCCAGGCACACUUUCAUUCCAGUGAACUGCCGGGUGGUCAAACGUGUCAGCGACUUUGACGGCAGCUGGACUAUCUUUGAUAGUGGCCUUAUGGACGAUCUUUCUGCAGCGGUGUAUGAUGCCUUUGCGCGAGAUGUCGCUGAUGAGCAGGCCCGCAGACGGCGCUUCAAGAAAGUCGGCUUCUGGUCGCUUCAGCUUGCCGCUCAAGCCAUAUUUAUGGGCAUGGCUGGCAAUAUCGCAUAGAUUUCACCACUUUUUGUUUUUGGUUUCCAGGGUUGUAUGAUGGAGUACAGAGCCGAACUUGGCCGGCGGGUUGUCUCAAUUUUCUCUCGCGGCGUUUGAUUAAAAGUUCACUGAAGUGAUAGGUAUCUGGCCUCCCUUCGCUUGUGUUAAUAGUUUUAGAUGAUGUCCAAGCUCUUCCACCUGCUUCUACGAGGACAUGGUGUCUCUUCUCAUUGAUUUGUAUAGAAAUGAUUAAUGAGAACAUGAGUGAAAACUACGCAGAUGAGCGUUCUUUUGGAUAACUCCAAUCAUGAUAACUAGUCUAUCUGCAGUAAGCCAAUAGCUGUG